AUGACACUCGAAUUGCUCGGUGAAAGUAAAGCCGAAUUAAUGGCUGUUGCCAAUAUUUUGCUUCUAAUUGCCGCCUUGUUCGUCCUGAGCCUUCAGCAUUGUGUCUACGGACAGCUACCUUGCGAUGAGGUCGAGGAUAUCUUCGAAAAGUACAUCAUCAAAACCACGGAAACAUUAAUGGCCUCGUAUAUGGUCGGAGAAAGGCUGGAUAUUUACUACAUAUUGAAUUUUGUUACUCUGUCAUCAGCAAGAGUCUGGGCCUGGAUGACAGUGGGUAGAGUGACAUUUGUCGAACAGCAACCGCUUAUGGCCUGGAAGUGGCGCGCUCAAUUCUUCAUUUCACUCCCGUUGACCGUUAUGUUUGAUAUCAUGAUGUUUGUCCAUGCAGCAAACACCAUGCACAGUACAGCACGACGAAGUACGCCAAUGUUCGCUUUCGAAUUCGCAGAUUUGGUCCUUCUCUCUUCAUCAAUUACAGUUCGUUACCUAUUGUGCAUCUCGAACCUUGGCUGCCUUUCCUAUAAAACUGGAGCCGAAGUAUUGGCCCUCCCGCCCCCGGACGGAGAAAAAGAAGCCUUAGUAGUCGAGUCCGAAGGAAGUAAUGGAAGCGGGUCUUGGUUGUUCUACGCAGAAUUAUGGACAGGUAAGGACAAAUUAUGA